GUCAUCACAGCCAGCAGCACCCUCACUCAUCCCAGCCGACCACCAAGUUGAUUAACUGACCUCCAGGAAUAACCAUCAAGACUAACCUCGACCCAUUCUGUCUGUUGUUGCCUCAGUAUGGAAGACGCACAUGCUGCCUCGGUCCAAGAGGUGUUGGAAGAAUUCCAUCUCAAGCCAAACCAUGGUCUAUCCUCAGUCCAGGUGAAAAACUCAGAGAAACAAUGGGGUAAAAACAUCUUACCUCAGGAGGAUGGAACUUCCCUCUUCGCAAUGAUCCUCGAACAAUUCAAGGAUCAACUAGUCAUCAUUCUCUUGAUAUCCGCCAUCGUCUCGUUUGGAUUAGCCAUCUUGGAGGAAUCGGAGGACAAGGCGACCGCAUUUGUCGAACCAUUGGUGAUCUUAUUGAUCUUGAUCGCCAAUGCGACUGUCGGAGUCAUACAAGAGACCAAUGCCGAGAAAGCGAUCGAAGCCUUAAUGGAUUACGCACCCGAUGAAGCAACAGUCACUCGAUUUGGGAAGACCUUCAAGGUUCACGCUUCUGAUUUAGUGCCCGGAGACGUCAUCACUGUCUCCGUCGGUGACAAAGUACCUGCCGAUGCCCGGGUCAUCUCGAUCUCCUCGGCCUCCUUUACCGUCGAUCAAGCCGUCCUCACUGGUGAAUCUCACAGUGUCACCAAAUCAACCGAGACCGUCAACCUGUCGGGUGCCGUCAAGCAAGAUAUGGUCAACAUCUUGUUCAGUGGGACCACGAUUGUCAGCGGGAAAGCUCAAGCUGUCGUCGUCGCCACCGGUAGUCGGACUGCGAUCGGUGAUAUCCACGAAUCGAUCACCAGUCAGAUCUCUCAGAAGACCCCAUUGAAACAAAAGGUCGAUGAUUUCAGCGACGUCUUGGCCAAAGUAAUCACCGUGAUCUGUAUCCUCGUCUGGGUUAUCAACAUCCGUCACUUCAACGACCCCAACCAUCAUGGCUGGCUGAAAGGCGCGAUCUACUACUUCAAGAUUGCUGUCGCAUUGGCCGUCGCUGCUAUCCCCGAGGGUCUCCCAGUGGUCAUCACACUCUGUCUCGCCUUGGGCACAACCAAGAUGGCCAAGAUGAAUGCGAUCGUCCGAUCUCUACCAAGUGUCGAGACUCUGGGAUGCACAAACGUCAUCUGCUCUGAUAAAACUGGAACGCUGACCACCAACCAAAUGUCGGUCUCCAAAUUCUUGGUUGUCGAAGGAUCACAAAUUACCGAGUUUGAUGUCAAGGGUACAACAUAUGCACCUGAGGGUGAGGUCUCAGAUUCCACCGGUCGACGAUUAGUGGCUCCUUCUGCAGAAUCAUCUACGAUUGAGAUGCUGGCCCGGAUAUGUGCAUUGUGCAAUGAGGCACAGGUAGUUGUGAAUGAGUCUACUCGCACUUACACUAACAUCGGGGAACCAACUGAGGCCGCCUUGAAAGUCUUAGUAGAAAAGCUACAAACUUCCGACCGAACCUUCAAUUCCAAACUUUCUCAAUUCGCCUCUGAAUCCCGAGUAAGAGCUGUUAACGAUCACAUCGAGGCUAGAUACGAGCGAAAAUUGGUGCUUGAAUUCAACCGGGAUCGAAAGUCCAUGUCUGUUCUAGUGACGGACACUCAAACCGGACGAAGCUCUUUGUUUGUCAAAGGAGCCCCCGAAUCGGUCUUAGCUCGAUGCACACAUGUUAGCCAAGGCGGGAACACUGGUGAACGGGUCAGUCUUGACCCUCAAACCCGCAAGAGCUUGGAAGAAAAAGUCAAAGCGUACGCGGAGGAAGGGCUUCGAGUCUUGGCUACUGCAGUUAUUGAGGACGUGGAUGACAAGGUGGAGCAUUACAAGUCAAGCUCAUCUGCUGAUUACGUCAAGUUUGAACAAAACAUGACUUUUGUCGGUCUCACUGGAAUGUUGGAUCCGCCCCGCCCUGAAGUCAAGGAGGCGAUCGCCAAAUGCCGCUCGGCGGGAAUUAAGGUGAUUGUGAUCACGGGCGACAACAAGUCGACUGCCGAGACGAUCUGCCGACAGAUCGGUGUUUUCGAUGCCACGGAGGAUCUGGCCGAGCAGAGUUACACUGGAAGAGAAUUUGAUGCUCUCUCAGAAAACGAGAAGCUUCAAGCGGUCUUACGCGCAGGCCUAUUCUCACGAGUUGAGCCAUCCCACAAGCAGAAGAUCGUCGACCUCCUCCAAUCAACUGGAUUGAUUGUGGCCAUGACUGGUGACGGUGUGAACGAUGCUCCGGCCUUGAAGAAAGCCUCGAUCGGAAUCGCAAUGGGAAGCGGAACGGAUGUGGCUAAGUUGGCUGCCGACAUGGUCCUCGCCGAUGACAACUUUGCGACCAUCGAAAAGGCCGUCGAGGAGGGACGUGGGAUUUACGAAAACACUAAACAGUUCAUUCGUUACCUGAUCAGUUCCAAUAUCGGCGAGGUUGUUUCGAUCUUCUUGACCGUCCUAGUCGGGAUGCCCGAAGCGUUGAUUCCGGUCCAACUCUUAUGGGUGAACCUUGUGACAGACUCUUUGCCCGCACUUGCACUCGGUUUCAAUCCCAAGGAUCAUUUGAUCAUGUCCAGACCUCCCAGGAGCAGUAAAGAACCCUUGGUUGGAGCUUGGCUGUUCUUCCGUUACUGUGUGAUUGGAAUGUACGUUGGUUGUGCUACCGUUGGGGCUUACGCAUGGUGGUUCAUGUACUACGAAGCCGGCCCACAAAUCACAUUCCAUCGAUUGACUAACUUCGGUGAAUGCGCUACCGUGGCGCUUUGAUGGGCUGUAAUAUGAUCGGCGCAGAGUUCCAGAAGAAGGCGACGACGAUGUCGUUGUCUGUCUUGGUGCUGAUCGAGAUGUUCAACGCGAUGAACUCGUUGUCGGAGAAUGAAAGCUUAUUCACCUUACCCUUGUGGACGAAUUUGUACCUCUGUGGCGCGAUCUCUUUGAGCAUGGGAUUACACUUCAUGAUCUUAUACGUUCCUUGGCUAGCUAAAUUGUUUGUUAUCACUCCCUUGAAUGUUGCAGAAUGGAAAGCGGUCUUCUGGAUCAGUAUACCAGUGAUCGUGAUGGAUGAAGUACUCAAAUUCAUCAGUAACACUUUCUUUUCUUUUGAAAUCGAAUCCUCAGAUAAAGAAAAAACGGAGUAGAAGUGAAUCAAAUUACGUUGGAAACAAGUAGGAUAAACAAGUCAUCGUCAUCAUCGUCAUCAUCAUCAGAAAGCAAAUUAAAAAAAUCUCAAUUCUUGUUCAUCAAGCUUCAUUUUUUUACUUCUCCUUUCUUCUUUGUUUUCUAGUUGCUUUUUCUCAUACAAAUUAGGUCGAUAGAGAUAGAUUUUUUUUUUCCUUCUUCUUUUGUCAGUAGGUAAUCAGUCAGCUUGUUUUUUAUUCAACCGUGUCUUGAGUAUAUAUUGUAUUUAGUCAAGUGGAACAAAAAAAAAAAUCAAAUCAAA